AUGGAAAAGUUUCAUAGUAACCCCAUUCCAUUGACAUCUAAAACAAUAAAAUAUUUUUCAAACAUUGAGACUUUAAAUAUUUGGUCGAAAAACGACGAAUUUUUUGGAAAUACUAUUUUUGACUUAACCAAAGAAAAUUCUCAAAAGAAAAUCGACUUUUUUAGAAUUAAUAUAUGGUUUGGAGUUGAAUACACUUUUGCUCAACUUCACAGCGACACAAACUUUUCUUUCAAAAAUUAUAUAUACACCAAAGAAGACCGAGAAAAGUACGGUGACACAAUCCCAUAUAAAACUAAGGCGCUUGGUGCAAAUUAUUUAAAAAAUUCUCAAAUCACAACUUUUGAUAUCCCAAAAGUAAUCACAUCAAUUGGCACAAAUUGUUUCUUUAAAUGUACUUCAUUGACUUCAGUGACACUUUCUGAUGCAUUAAAAGAAAUUGGAGAUAACUGUUUUUCACAAUGUCAAUCUCUUGUGUCGAUUGAUAUACCACAGUCAGUGUCUAAAAUAGGUAAUAACAGCUUUUCUCAUUGCGACAAAAUCACUUCCAUUAAACUUCCUGGAGGUCUUGUUACCUUGUCAACGGAUUUGUUUGGGUUUUGUAACAAAUUAGAGUCGGUCACAUUUCCAUCAUAUUUACUUACAAUAUGGGAUCGUUGUUUUGAAUUUUGUAUGUCAUUAAAAUCGAUAAAAAUAGCACAAUGUGACAAUAGUAUUGGCGAAUGUGUCUUUCUUAGUUGCACAAACUUGACAUCUGUAUUUAUUGGAGGAAAUUGUUUUGAUCUUGGUGAGAGUUGUUUUAUGGGGUUCAUUUCACUUGUCUCAAUACAAUUACCAGACAACAUAUCGAGAUUUGGAAUCGAAU